CGUAUUGGAAUUUUUUGAUCAAUUCCUCUCUACUCCGUAAUAACCUUUUUCUCCGCCAGAGAAUCAGGUUUCUCUCUUUCUCGAUUGAUCGCUUUUUAUUUUCAUUGUCAUCCAUGAAUCGUUUCUUUUUUAGAGGAGUGGAGAAGACAAAGUUUAAUCAUACCACGGUUCAAGCUCUUCGCAAGUGCUGUGGUUGCGUCCACUUACGAUUCGGAUGCGCCGUAGCAUGCAUUAUAUGGGCGACCCUUUCCAUGUAUUUUGCCAUUAUAUCUUUUCAGACACGCAGUCCCUUUUUUUCGUUCAUGGAUAGCACUCCGCUGCUCAUUUGGGGAACCGCCAAUCUUGCGCUCAGCAUUGUGGCUAUGGGAAGCCUUGUAGCCAUCUAUCUCAAUCGUUGGGAAUAUAUUCGGACGGCGUGUCAUGCUAUCAUUGUGGCCAUAUUCUUUGUUGUGGCCGAUACAAUUGUCAAUGUCAUUUUAUUUGCGACCCGUGAAAACAGAUACGCAGACUCAUGCAUGGAUUCCAGUAUUGGCCAAUUGCAGCAAGGCAUUUCGCAAACAUUGAACAACAGCACAGAUUUUACCUUUCACUUCGAAGCCACCGAUUAUUACAAUUGCCACCGCACAUGGGAAAGUGAAGUUAAAUUCUCUAUCAUGACGGCGUUGCUCAUGCUUAUUUUUUACGUUUAUUGGGCCAUGUGUCUUCAUUCUCUAAGUAUCAAAAAAUGGAUGUACCUAAGCCAAUAUGGCAUGCCGCCGCCACCUAUGGAGCCGCCCAUGGCGCCUUUACCACCGCAGCCUCCAAUGAUGAUGCCCCCCACAGGAAUGCCUAUGACUAAUCGUCCAAAUGUCAUUGUUCUUAACAACGAAAAGCCAUCCAAAAGAAAAUCGAUACCGGAAUUGGUCAAUCCACAACCCUUUUCACCUCCUCCGCCCUACUUUUCUACGGAAACCAAUCGGUGUUUAGAUAAGGCCGAAAAAGGACGGUCGCUGUCCUGAGGGUAUGACAAAGAAGAUGCUCUCAUUACACAAGUAGUAGGCACGACCAAAUGGCAUCCAGUUACGGUAUCACCAAUCUGAGGACAUGAAAUUUUUCAUGUUCCUGAAAGGGACCAGAGUAGCCUGACCUGGAGAUUGUUGAACCUGCAA